CGGCUUGCGCUUGUUUCUGUUCAGUGGCGAGAGAGAGAGAGAGACUCGAAGAGCUGGGAAGUGUUUUAUCCGUGAAUGAAAAUAUCUUUUUUUUUAACAGAAAAUAUUUUAUUUUUCUGUAACUUCACCCCGUUUGAGGCGCCAGCGGGGGGGCCAUUAUUGGCAAAAAAUCAUCAGUAAAAGGACACCGCCGAGCUGGACCACCUCAGAAGACGCUCUCUAACGAUGUCUAAUCAAAUACCGGUGACCAAAAAAGACGAAAAGGGUCGAAACAUCCAAGUGGUGGUGAGAUGCAGGCCUUUCAAUGCAGUGGAGCGUAAGUCUAACUCCCAUGGAGUGGUGGAGUGUGACUCAAACAGGAAAGAGGUGACGGUCCGCACUGGGAGCGUCACGGACAAAACCUCCAGGAAAAUGUACACCUUUGACAUGGUGUUUGGUCCGUCUGCAAAGCAGAUAGACGUGUACAGGAGUGUGGUGUGCCCCAUAUUGGAUGAAGUCAUCAUGGGAUAUAACUGCACCAUUUUUGCAUAUGGGCAAACUGGCACAGGGAAGACCUUCACAAUGGAGGGUGAAAGGUCACCUAAUGAGGAAUUCACCUGGGAGGAGGAUCCUCUGGCUGGAAUCAUCCCUCGUACUCUUCACCAGAUCUUCGAGAAGCUGACCAGUAACGGUACAGAAUUCUCUGUCAAGGUUUCCCUGCUGGAGAUCUAUAACGAAGAGCUGUUUGACCUGCUCAGUCCCUCGCCGGAUGUCACGGAGAGGCUGCAGCUGUUUGACGACCCCAGAAACAAGAGAGCUGUUAUCGUUAAAGGACUGGAGGAGAUAACGGUACAUAACAAGAACGAGGUGUAUCAGAUCCUUGAGAGAGGAGCCGCCAAGAGGAAGACCGCAUCCACGCUGAUGAACGCAUACUCCAGCCGUUCUCACUCUGUGUUCUCCGUCACCAUUCACAUGAAGGAGAUCACGCUGGAAGGAGAGGAGCUAGUGAAGAUCGGAAAACUGAACCUGGUGGAUCUUGCGGGAAGCGAGAACAUCGGCCGCUCUGGAGCAGUGGAUAAGCGUGCCCGUGAGGCAGGAAACAUCAACCAGUCACUGCUGACGCUGGGUCGUGUAAUCACUGCUCUGGUAGAACGCGGUCCCCACGUACCUUACCGUGAGUCCAAACUUACCCGUAUCCUCCAGGACUCGCUGGGUGGACGCACCAAGACCUCCAUCAUUGCCACGGUCUCUCCAGCUUCCAUCAACUUAGAGGAGACUCUAAGUACACUGGAUUACGCUAACAGGGCAAAGAACAUCAUGAACAAGCCUGAAGUGAACCAGAAACUCACCAAGAGAACCCUCAUCAAGGAAUACACAGAGGAGAUUGAGCGACUGAAGCGGGAUUUGGCUGCCACCCGUGAGAAACAUGGCGUCUAUCUCUCAGCUGAGAACUAUGAGAGUAUGAACAGUAAACUGGUGAGUCAGGAAGAACAGAUAACCGAGUACACAGACAGGAUUGCAGCGGUGGAGGAGGAACUCAAGAGGGUGAUGGAGCUAUUCACAGACAGUAAACAGAAGCUGGAACAGUGCAGCGAGGACCUGCAGGACAAGAGCCAGCAACUGGAGGAGGCUCACAAGGACCUGAAGGAGACCAAACAGAAGCUCACACAGGAGGAGUUCAUCACCACGCAGCUGCAGACCACCGAGAGCCAGCUGUACAACACUGCAGGACAGCUGCUGAGUACGGUGGAGGUGAGCACCGCGGACGUGGGAGGCCUCCAUGCCAAGCUGCAGCGGGUGCAGGCCGUGGAGCAGCACAACACCACCGCUCAGAGUCACUUCGCUCAGUGCAUGGAGCAAACCUGCAGCAGCAUGCAAAGUGCCCUGCAGCAGCACAGCCUCAAACACACUGCCAUGCUAGAUCACUACCGCCAUGCUAUGGCGGAGCUGCUGGGAGGAACAGGUCGCGUGUUCGAGGAGGCUGUGGGCUCAGUGUUGCACUCCUACUCUGCUGUACGGGAGGCGGUGGAGGAAGGAGUGGACAGCUGCAAGGCCAAGCUGCUGCAGCAGGAUGAGCUCACAAAAGGGAGCAGAGACGCCAUGCUUCAAAUGCUGGACGAGCAUAAACUUAAUCUAGAAGACGUUCUGAUUGCAAAAGCGAUGCCUGCUAUCGGAUCUAUUAUGGCCGUGAAUGAAGGCUUGAAACAGACGCUGCAGAAGUAUAAUGCACUGGCUGGCCAGAUGGAGGGGAUGAAAGCAGAGAUGACGGCAUUUUUCAAUGGCCACGUGGAGGCGCUGGCGAGCAUGCGGGAAACGGCUGUGCAUGGCUUCAGUUCCCUCCAGGCUGAACAGAGCAAGCUGAAAGAGCAGAUCAACCAGGCUGGUCACCAACACCAAACUCGUGUAGCGCAGCUCCUUCGGUGUGUCCAGGAUCAGAUGAACCUCCUGGCCCUGGACACCCAGUCUGACUUUAAGGGGCUUCUGGAGGCAUCAGAUGCACAGGAAGCUCCGAUGGAGACUCUGAAAAACACAAUACAGAGCCAAUGCACCGUGGCUGAAGAGGAGAGCUCGUCAGUUGGCGCUCGUUUAAGUUCAUGUACAGAUGGAGUGAUGAAGCAGAUGAGUGGCGUGACGGAGGAGGGACGCACAGCGUUGGAGGAAAGUGCCGGGUACUGCAGUCUCAUGCAGAGCUCUCUGGAGUCGUUGACUGACUCGAGCCUCCAGUGGUGUCACGCAGCCAGAGACCUGACUGAGAGACGUGCUGAGGAACAGCUGACCUUGGCAGAGGAGAGCAAGGCUACUGUGCAUGAGCUUCUGAAGCGUGUAGAGGAACGCGGUCAGGCCGCUGUAGAGGAGUGCCGAACUCGCCUCGCUCCAGUGCAGCAGGAAAUGGAAGGGCUCCUGAAAGGAGUGGAGACGCAGACAUGUGAAGACCAGGCCAUUCUGCAGCAGCACAGAGAUGAGAUCUCUACUCUCACCACACAGACCCUUAAUACAGUCAACAACUUCCUCAGUAAAGAACUCCAGCAGGAUCUGCCUACCGGCACAACGCCGAAGCGUAAAGAGUACAUGUACCCUCGUACACUUAUAACAUUAAAGGGCAGAACAGAGCUGGAGAAUGAGUUUAGGGCUCAGCAGGAGCAGCUAAUGAGUGCGUUCGGUCAGUGUGAAGUCCUCACUGAGGGAGAGGAGGAGGAGAAACCAGAAGACCAGGAUUCUCUGGAGGAUGAAGUUUGCAGCUCCAGUGACAGUAACUCGACACAGCAGUCUAUAUCGGAGGAGAACCUGAUGUGCUAUGAAGAGGGAAGAGUUCCUUUCUUUAAGAAAAAGUCCAAAAAGGAAAACUUCAGCAGCAAGUCCCUGAACCGCUCGAAGGUAGCUGAGAACGAGAGCUUCGUGACACCACCUCGAUCCAGAUUACCACUCAGGAGCCAGAAUCAAUGAUUACUCCAUUUUCCUUUUCUUUUCUUUGCUCACUUGCAUGUAGAACCAUUUAAGUACUUAUUAUAUUUGUAUUGCAUCUGUAUUUUAAUCCAUCUACAUGGAUUUAAUUAUUCUUUUAUACGUGUGUAUGUCUUCAUCCUCAGUCACUGUUUUUUAAUGUUGUAGUGAGUUCAUGGUGUCGUGUACCAUUUUGUUUUUUUUUUUCACUUGUUCAAAAUGGGUAUUUGUGUUCGUAUUGUCAACUUCAAUUCUUGAAAAUUAAGACUGCUGAUCAAUUACUGUUUAUAAAAAAAAUGAAUUACUUUAAACUAAUAAAGAUUUUAAGAUUCUCAA